CUAGACGCUGGUGUGAACGAAAAGAUUCAGCUUGUUUCGCGAGAUGGUGAGAACGUUCUUGUUGUCUCAUAUAUGGAUUUGAGACACUGCUUGGAGAAUGCAUUCAGUGAGUUGCAGAAUCGACCACCUUCGAUACCGAGUGCACUUUUGCCAGUUCUCGGUCAUCACCCGUGA